AUGGGCACCGCAACAACCUUUUCGCCGGCCACCCUUUCAACCACAAUUAAAUGGCUGGGCUUCGUGGCGGCCGUCUGGAUUCAGUGCAUCUCCGGGAACAACUACACCUUCUCCAACUACUCUGACGCGCUCAAAUCCCUCAUGCAUCUCACGCAGGUGCAACUCAACAACCUCUCCGUCGCCAAAGACGUCGGAAAAGCCUUUGGGCUUCUCGCGGGCCUGGCCUCCGACCGUUUCCCCACUUGGGUCAUUCUCCUAAUAGGCUCCGUGGAAGGCCUGAUAGGCUAUGGAGCCCAAUGGCUCGUUGUAAGCCAGAGAAUCCAGCCCCUUCCCUAUUGGCAGAUGUGUGUGUUUCUGUGCAUGGGAGGGAACAGCACGACAUGGAUGAACACUGCCGUUUUGGUGACGUGCAUACGCAACUUUCGGACGAACAGAGGACCCGUUUCGGGGAUUCUGAAAGGCUUUGUAGGGUUGAGCACUGCGAUAUUCACUACACUCUGUUCCGCGCUCUUCGCGGACGACCCUGGCUCCUUCCUCCUCAUGCUCUCUCUCGUUCCCUUCGCCGUCUGUCUCACCGGAGUUUUUUUCCUCCGCGAGCUUCCUCCCUCUGUCGCCGCCGCCGGAGACGCCGAAGAGGUCAAGUACUUCGGCCUCUUCAACGUCGUUGCCGUCGUCAUCGCGCUUUUCCUCUUGGUGUACGGUUUCAUCCCCGGCCCUAGCGUGUUCGUGUCGCGCGUUUUCGUCGCCGUUUUGCUCGUUAUGCUGGCUUCGCCGUUGGGGAUUCCGGUGUACGCGUACUUCGAGGGACGGUUCGGAGCGGGGAAUGAUGUGGAGGGGCAGAGGGUGGACGAACCGUUGCUUCGGAGUGGGGAGCAUGGAAGCGAAAGCGUUGCGGCGGAAGAGGAGGCGGCGGUGGAGAAGAGGGCCCCGGUGUUGGGAGAAGAGCACACGAUAUUUGAGGCGCUGAAGAGCGUGGAUUUUUGGAUCUUGUUCGUGUCGUUCCUCUGUGGGGUUGGAACGGGUUUGGCUGUGAUGAACAACAUGGGUCAAAUCGGGUUGUCUCUCGGGUACCCAGAUGUCUCACUCUUUGUGUCUUUGACCAGUAUUUUCGGGUUCUUUGGACGGAUCGUAUCGGGUACUAUUUCGGAGUUCACCAUCAAGAAAGCAGCAACACCUAGACCUCUUUGGAAUGCAGCAUCUCAGCUUCUAAUGGCUGUAGGUUACAUACUCUUGGCCAUGGCUAUGCCAGGUUCUCUAUACAUUGGGUCCAUUUUGGUUGGCAUAUGUUAUGGAGUUCGGCUUGCAAUUACAGUCCCAACAGCCUCAGAGUUAUUUGGACUCAAAUAUUAUGGUCUCAUUUACAAUAUUCUCAUCCUUAACCUACCCCUGGGCUCUUUCCUUUUCUCUGGGUUGCUUGCUGGCAUCCUGUAUGAUAAGGAGGCAACCACAACAGACGGAGGAGGCAACACCUGUGUUGGAGGUCAUUGUUACAGGCUAGUCUUUAUAAUCAUGACUGGAGCAUGUAUUGUUGGCUUCUUCUUAGACAUUCUGUUGUCAAUCAGAACCAAGAAUAUUUACACCAAGAUUGCCAUGAGCAAGAAACCCAAGAAAUCCUUAGCAGCAUCAAGUGGCCGGUGA